AUGGACUUACACCGGGCAGCGUUCAAGAUGGAGAACUCAUCCUACCUCCCCAAUCCACUGGCAUCGCCAGCCCUGAUGGUCCUGGCGUCCACAGCCGAGGCCAGCCGUGAUGCUUCCAUCCCUUGUCAGCAACCUCGACCUUUCGGUGUACCUGUCUCAGUAGACAAGGACGUGCAUAUUCCAUUCACCAACGGCUCCUACACCUUUGCCUCUAUGUACCAUCGGCAAGGUGGUGUGCCAGGCACUUUUGCCAAUCGUGAAUUUCCCCCUUCUUUACUACACCUUCACCCUCAGUUUGCCCCCCCAAAUCUAGAUUGCACCCCAAUCAGUAUGCUGAAUCAUAGUGGUGUGGGGGCUUUCCGUCCAUUUGCUUCCACUGAGGACCGGGAGAGCUACCAGUCAGCCUUCACGCCAGCCAAGAGACUUAAGAACUGCCAUGACACAGAGUCUCCCCACUUGCGCUUCUCAGAUGCAGAUGGCAAGGAAUAUGACUUUGGGACACAGCUGCCAUCUAGCUCCCCCGGUUCACUUAAGGUUGACGACACUGGGAAGAAGAUUUUUGCUGUCUCUGGUCUCAUUUCGGAUCGGGAAGCAUCAUCUAGCCCAGAGGAUCGGAAUGACAGAUGUAAGAAAAAGGCAGCAGCCUUGUUUGACAGCCAGGCCCCUAUUUGCCCCAUCUGCCAGGUCCUGCUGAGGCCCAGUGAGUUGCAGGAACAUAUGGAGCAAGAACUGGAACAGCUGGCCCAGCUGCCCACCAGCAAAAAUUCCCUUCUGAAGGAUGCCAUGACUCCAGGUACCCCCAAGUCCCUCCUGUUGUCUGCUUCCAUCAAGAGGGAAGGAGAGUCUCCAACAGCUUCGCCACACUCGUCUGCCACGGAUGAUCUGCACCACUCAGACAGAUACCAGACCUUCUUGCGAGUGCGAGCCAACCGGCAGACGCGACUGAAUGCUCGGAUUGGGAAAAUGAAACGGAGGAAGCAAGAUGAAGGGCAGAGGGAAGGCUCCUGCAUGGCUGAGGAUGAUACCGUGGACAUCGAGCAUGAGAACAGCACCCGCUUUGAGGAGUAUGAGUGGUGCGGGCAGAAGCGGAUACGGGCUACCACUCUCCUGGAAGGUGGCUUCCGAGGCUCUGGCUUUGUCAUGUGCAGCGGCAAAGAGAACCCGGACAGUGAUGCGGACUUGGACGUGGAUGGGGAUGACACGCUGGAGUACGGAAAGCCCCAAUACACGGAAGCUGACGUCAUCCCCUGCACAGGCGAGGAGCCUGGUGAAGCCAAGGAGAGAGAGGCACUGCGGGGUGCAGUCCUAAAUGGCGGCCCUCCCAGCACACGCAUCACACCUGAGUUCUCUAAAUGGGCCAGUGACGAGAUGCCAUCUACCAGCAACGGUGAGAGCAGCAAGCAGGAAGCCAUGCAGAAGACUUGCAAGAACAGUGACAUUGAGAAAAUCACCGAAGAUUCAGCUGUGACCACGUUUGAGGCCCUGAAGGCUCGGGUCAGGGAACUUGAACGGCAGCUAUCCCGUGGGGACCGGUACAAAUGCCUCAUCUGCAUGGAUUCAUACUCGAUGCCCCUGACGUCCAUCCAGUGUUGGCAUGUGCACUGUGAGGAAUGCUGGCUGCGGACCCUGGGUGCCAAGAAGCUCUGCCCCCAGUGCAACACCAUCACGGCGCCUGGAGACCUGCGGAGAAUCUACUUGUGAGCUAGCCACCGGGCAGGCCUUGCCUCCAGCCACCCUCCUGCCCUGCCUCUGUGACGUGACCCUUCCCUUUGUACAUACUUGCACACAGAUCUCCCCUGUACAUACAUGCACACACGCACGCACGCACACACAGGACUCUGGAACCAGAAUGGAGGCCAAGGCCCAGGCCCUGCCUGCUGGACUCUCCCCAAGACUGGGGACUCUACCUUUCCCCAGUUCUGUUCCCAGGAUGGGACAGGGAGGUGGGCAGGUGGAGUAACUGGGCAAGGCACCGAGAUCCAGCCCCCCAGACUGACAGACUGACCGACCGACAGACAUGCAACCACCAGACUGAAGCACAUGUAAUAUAGACGGUGUAUGUUUACAAUGUUGUGUAUAAAUGGGACAACUCUCCCUCUGCCCCACCCCUUCCUCUUUGGUUAUAUGAUUUUCUUUUUUUUUUUUAAGAACAGCUGGAAGCAGUGCCUCCAGGGCUGGUUGGGGGCUCGGCCCAUCCACCUCUUGGGGUGCCUACCUCUCCCUCUCCCACCGUGUCCCUUCCUUCUCCCAUGUGCUCGGUGUUCAGUGGUGUAUAUUUCUUCUCCCAGACAUGGGGCACAUGCUCCCAGGAACAUGAUCCUCUCCUUAGUUGUAGCUCCUGGGGCUCUUUAUAAGGAGUCAGGAAGGGGGAGAGGCAUAGGAAAUGGGAACCGAGCUGAAGCAGGGGCUGAUUGGGCUGGAUGAGGGUGUUCCUGGUGGCCCAGCCUUCUGCUGAAAACCAUUCCUGGGACUGGGGCUGCUGUUCCCAGGGGAAAAUGUGUCUCCCCCGCCCCUCCUGUGGGCCCAAUGGUGUGAUGCUGUGUCUGUAUAUUCUAUACAAAGGUACUUGUCCUUUCCCUUUGUAAACUACAUUUGACAUGGAUUAAAACCAAUAUAAACA